CUUUGGUUUCGGAAGAUAAAAAGAAAGAGGUCACGCAGGCUCAGGAUUUGGAUGAUCAGAGUGGUAUGUCAAGGAAAAAGGACAUAGACUUAAAAGAAAUUGUAUUUGUCAUCCAGAGUCAAAGUAACUCUUUUCAUGCCAAGAGAGCAGAGCAAUUGAAAAAAAGCAUCUUAAAGCAGGCAGCAAAUCUUACCCAGGAGCUCCCCAGAGUCCUCCUCCUUCAUCAGCUGGCCAAGCAGGAAGGUGCCUGGACCAUACUUCCAUUGUUACCGCACUUUUCUGUAACGUACAGCAGAAAUUCAUCUUGGAUUUUCUUCUGUGAAGAAGAGACAAGAAUACAGAUUCCAAAACUCUUAGAAACACUCAGAAGAUAUGACCCCUCUAAGGAAUGGUUUUUAGGAAAAGCAUUACAUGAUGAAGAGUCUACAAUAAUUCACCAUUAUGCCUUUUCUGAAAAUCCUACAAUUUUUAAAUAUCCAGACUUUGCUGCUGGCUGGGCCCUUAGUUUUCCACUUAUAAACAAGCUUACCAAGAGAUUAAAGAGUGAAUCUCUGAAAUCCGACUUUACAAUAGAUUUAAAACAUGAGAUUGCCCUCUAUGUAUGGGACAAAGGUGGUGGACCUCCCCUCACCCCAGUGCCUGAGUUUUGCACAGAUGGUGUGGACUCCUCCUGUGCUACCACAUUCCGUUCUUUUCUACCACUUUGUGGAGAGCCUGUGAAGAAGGAGAAUAUUUUUGUUGCAGUAAAAACAUGCAAGAAAUUUCAUGGUGACAGAAUACCCAUCGUCAAGCAGACUUGGGAGGGCCAGGCAAGUCUCGUGGAAUACUACAGUGACUAUGCUGAAAGUUCCAUCCCUACUGUGGAUUUGGGAAUUCCUAAUACAGACAGAGGUCAUUGUGGAAAGACAUUUGCCAUUUUGGAAAGAUUUCUGAAUCGUAGCCAUGACAAAAUAGCAUGGUUAGUCAUUGUGGAUGAUGAUACGUUAAUAAGUAUCUCCAGGCUCCAGCGCUUGCUCAGCUGUUACGACCCCCGCGAGCCGGUGUUCCUGGGAGAGCGCUACGGCUACGGGCUGGGCACCGGCGGCUACAGCUACAUCACAGGAGGAGGAGGAAUGGUCUUCAGCAGAGAAGCCAUCCGGAGACUUCUUGCCAGCAAGUGUCGAUGCUACAGCAAUGAUGCUCCCGAUGACAUGGUCCUGGGAAUGUGCUUUAGUGGGCUGGGAAUUCCUGUGACACACAGCCCUCUCUUCCAUCAGGCUCGGCCAGUGGAUUACCCCAAGGACUACCUGUCUCAUCAGGUUCCCAUAUCGUUCCACAAACACUGGAACAUUGACCCCGUGAAGGUGUAUUUCACGUGGCUGGCUCCCAGUGACAAAGACGAAGCUGAGCAGGAGACACAGAAGGGUUUUAGGGAAGAGCUAUAGAGCACGGUGGCCUGUGAGCACGGUUUGGACAGGAAACAGGAGACUGUCUCAUCGUUCGACUCUGCCAGGCUCAUACUGCCCAUGUCUACCAUGUGGCAUCGGACUCUUCCCGACUUUAGAUGGAAAUUGUGUAUAUGGUAUUAUUGGAUGGGGGAUGAAAAAGAGUCAUAAGGAAAACAUUUUCUUUUUUUUUUUUUUUCCCUGAGAAAAAGCACUUGCUUUUGAGUUGUGCAGUCGUAACACAUGGUGAUUACUGUGCAUUUUUCAAGCUGUGAUGCAGCAACGUUACAACUCUCACAGGAACAUAAAUGGUACUGGGAGUUCUCUCCCUGUUCUUCCUCUUCAUUAUAAUGGAAGUUUGAGACGGGCAUGAGCCUGGAGAUAUGUUACUUUCUGAUGUUCUAUAGACAUAUAGAGAAGAAUGAAAGUCGUUGGCGUGGAUAUUGCCAGUGGGAUGGACUUUUAAACCAUAUUAUUGAUGAUGAAAAUUUAUUUCCUGGGAACUCAAUAGGAAUAAUGCUAUAUUAAGGGUCCUUCAUAAAACAUCAUAAAAGGCUAGAUAAGAAAUCCUCUGUAGUCUUUAAUCAUGGUUAUGUUUUAUGUAUUCUUUUGCUGUUUGUGCUUUAUAAAGGAGAAUAAGAGGUCUUCUGCUAGAGCUUCCUGUUUCUUCAGAAGUUCAUCUGUGUUCUGUUUCUCCCUGAAGCCUAUCUUUAUGGCCUACUUAUAACAUGAAAGUAUAGUGAUGCUGCCAGGAAAUACUGUCCUCAAUAUUUUAAAAUAAUGUUGACAUGUUUUAUUCAACUCAGCAAGCUCUACGUGAGUCUCAGGACGUGAAUUAAACUUGGACCUGAUGGUUUACUCUAGCUCUUCUCUGAGUAUCACUUAAUGACUCCUGACUCAGAACAGACUCCCUCAGUGCACCGCAAAACCCUGGAAGGAGGACAACCUGGAGAUUUGGCAAUUUCUCUGGGUUCUUAAAGGAGGAAAUUUGAACAUAGUGUUUUGAAAUAGCUCUAAUUUUCAAAUUAUAUCUUUAAUAUA